UCUUGGGGAGGGGACCAGGGACAGCUGCUGCCUCCCCACCCCCAUUGGGUUAUAAAAGAUGAGCAGCCCUGCCUCACCUCACACUGAGGCUGCCUUCUCACCACACUCAAGGACAGCAGGCUGUGCCCUCCCCUGUGGGAGUCCAUCUCCGGGGCAUCUUCUGAGAAACAGGAAGCAUGGCAGCUCUGAGGGCCUGGCUCCUAUGCCUGCUGCUGCUGCUGGGCCUGGUUCUUCCAGGGGCUGCAAGUCGCGCCCACCAGCACUCCAUGGAGACGCGUGCCCCGGACAUCAACCCUGCCUGGUAUAGGGGCCGAGGGAUUAGACCUGUGGGCCGCUUUGGACGGAGGAGGGCAGCUCUGCGGGAUGCCCCCAUGACCAGCCUGCGGUGCCGGCCGAGUUGCCUCCCUCGGGAUGGCGGUGCCUAGUUCUCUCAGUGUGGAGGACAGCCCAGCUCAUGAAGACAGUGAACCAAGCGUCGCCUGAUCAUCUCUCCCCCUC